AUGGACUACUCGAGCGUCCCCACACCGGAGCGGUGCUACGCUGACUUUUGCCUCGUCCCUGUCGGCACGGGCGAGCUGUCGGUGGCCAAGGAGGUCGCCGAGGUGCAGAAGCUCCUCAAGGCGUCGGGGCUGACGUACACGAUGCACUCUGCCGGCACGACGGUUGAGGGCAGCUGGGACGAGGUCAUGCGGGUGAUCGGCCAGGCGCACUCGGUGGUGCAUCAGGUUGGGCCUCAGCGCAUCCAGACCUCGAUGCGGGUUGGGACGAGGACGGACAAAAAGCAGACUGCUGCUGAUAAGGUCAAGAGGGUGGAGGACUUGCUGGCGGAGAGCAAGUAA